AUGUCUAACGCACGCAGUUGGUUCGAGAACAGAAAAUAUUUCAUGGAUUUGGCCUCAUCCGCCCAAGUGAGCACCAAGUUUGCGCCUGCCACUAGUGCUACCUUGAUCAGUAUCAUUCACAGUCUGGAGAAAGUGGACGUCCACCAUCGGCCCUGCGAUGCGACUAUCCCCGAGUCCGCCGUCGCCGAAAGUUUGCCGAUACUGGAACCCGGCGUCAAGCUGUCUGGCCAUUUCUGGCCUGACUUGAAGGAGCAGCUGUUUGCCCUGCCGGCCGACGAGGCCUGGGUGCACCCGGAUCUUGACUGUCCCGUCUGCCGCGAGAAAAUGGCCUUUGUCGGCGCCUACACGCUCGACGGCGGCCUGACAACCACGUCGGCCCACGCCCUCGAGGUGCUCCACAGCCACGGCAUGGAGGCGGCGAGCGUGCUGCCGUGCGGCCACGUCGUCGGGCGCGAGUGUCUCGACCAGAUUCUCGCGUCCCCCUUGCACAGCCGGUGCCCCUUCUGCAAGGCGAGCCUGCUGUACGGAUGCGACGCGGCCCUGGAGACGCUGCCGGCGCCGAUGGACCUCGUCCAGCUGCGCCGCUUCCCGGCCGUCGUCGUGCCCGAGGGUGGCUGGGCGCCCCGCCGCUGCUACGCCUGCGAGUUCGACGACUGGCGCGUCCAGUGGGCCGAGAACGUCCUGCUCCUCCUCUGCGUGCUCUGCAGCGACCUCGUCCGGCCGCUGAUGACGGCCUCGAAUUUUGUUCAAAGGGCGGGGAGGAAGAAGAUCAAAUCCGUUAAGCAGAAAAAUCUUGAUAAGUUGAGUGCGCGCUACGCGGCGUAUAGAGAGACGUCUUUGAAGAAGCUCGAGGACCUUAUGGCGGCUGCACAGGCAAAUUUGCGCCAUGUGGAAGAGGGGACGGGCAUGACUUGGGCGUUGAACCUUUGGGCGUGA